AUGAUAAAAGAUCAAAAUGGAAAAUGUAAUAAUAAUAUUCAAUAUUGUUUAAAUAAUUCAUAUGUUAAUGGAAAAUGUGUUGAAUGUUUAAAUACAUAUUCACCUAAUUUAAACGGAGAAUGUAUUAAUACAAAAAUAGAAUAUUGUAAAGAACAAAAUACAUAUGGAUGUAAAAGAUGUAAAGAAAGAUAUUAUUUAACAAAAGACAUGAAAUGUUUAAAAUGUGAUGAUAAAUGUGAAACAUGUUAUGGAACAUCUACAUAUUGUAUGACAGAUGGAAGUGGAUGUGGAAUAUGUAAUAAAGGAUAUUAUAGAAAUGGAAAAGGAUGUUCAAAAUGUGAAAAAGAAUGUUUAACAUGUAAUCAAAAAGAUAAAUGUAUAAUAUGUGGAGAAGGAUAUUUUAUGAGUUCAACAGGAAUAUGUAAAUCAACAACAACAAUUAAAGGAUGUAAAGGAGAAAUAGAUAAAGAAUAUGGAUGUAGAGAAUGUUUAACAGGAUAUUAUUUAAUAAAUAAAGAAUGUUCAAAAUGUGGAAAUAAAUGUAUAACAUGUUUAAAUGAGAAAGAAUGUAAUAAAUGUGAAGAUGAAUAUAUAAUAAUAAAUAAGGAAUGUAUUCAUUAUUCAAAUAUUAAUAAAUGUAAAGAAACAAAAAAUAAUAAAUGUUCAAAAUGUUCAUUUUGGUAUGGAAUCAAUGAAGAAGGAACAAAAUGUAAUAAAGAAAUAGUAUGGUGGAUGAUAAUGAUUAUUAUCAUCAUUAUACUUAUUAUCAUCAUUAUAAUAAUUAUAAUUAUAAUUAUAAUGAUUAAUUACAUUAUAAAACGCAAAGAAAAGAAAGAACAAGAGAAAACAACAACAAUAUUUAAAAUUUCACAAUCAAAUAUCAAAUUCAUAUCACUUGGAGAUGGAAUAAUAACAAAUAAAAAAGAAAUAGAAAUAGGAGAAGGAGAAGAAAUUGAAGUAAAUAAAGAAAUCAGAGAAUUAAUAUGUAUUGGAAAUGAAAAUAAAGAAAAAAAGAAAAUACAAAUAAGUAGUAAAGAAGAAAAUGAAAAAUAUUCAAUUAGAACAAACCCAAAUAUCAUUACAAUUGAAUGA